UUCUGGUUUUUUUUUCUCCUCCAUACUUUUUGUACCUUUAGUCGAGGGACAGCACAAGGCAAAGCGAAUUAUUUUGCCAGGAGAGAAGUCGUAACUGUUGCGUUCAGUGCUGAGCGAUAGCCUGCUUUACAUUUCCUUUUUUUUCUGCUUGAAUUAUAAUAGAAGUAGAACAGCGUCUAUUGCUUUCGAUCGCUUUGCGCGUGUGUGUGUGAACACGAAUGUAAGACGAUUCAGUUUUUUUUUUCGUGCAUGCGUGUCCCCCCCCUAAAAUCGUGAGUAGUGUCGGUCGAGCUGUGUGUGUGUGUGUAUGUAUGUGUAAACGCCCAGCUUGUUGACCGGUGGGCUGAAGUUUAGUUUGCAGCGCACGCGCCGACCGACUGCCACAGUGCUGCAUUGAAAGCGCGUGCUGCGCGUCGUAACGUUACACUAAGACACUCGUUUCUUUCUUUGCUUUGCUUCUCUAGAAAAAAGAGAAACACGUUUACUUCUCGCAAAGGCUGCUUUUAGAGGGAAAAGGACUGGCUCUAUCACCGAGCAUACAGACGGGGCACGUUUCCUAUCUCGUUCAGACUCCAGGGCGAGGAAAAGACUGCGAUUUUGAACGGGAUUUUACUAAAGUCCGAGUCACUUUCAUGCACUGAGAAGAAGCAAAGGAAGAGGUGGUGGAAGAGGAGGAGGAGGAGGAGGAAGGUCAAUCCCAGGGGUGUGUGCUUUAUUCCGCGUUUUUCCCCUAACGAAACAUACACAGAGAAAAGAUACUCUAAGCUGAUGAAAAUCUGAUAACAUGAUCGGAGUGGACAGCUGUUUUCUUCAGCGCUUCUUCCUCUAAUGGUUUUCUUGCAUUGUCGUGCAAGACGUCAGCAUCGCUCUUUCCUCGGAGCUUGAAAACGCGUCAAAAAGCUGCCAAUCUUUGAACACUUUCCUCUUAAGUGAAGCCGUACCGUUUUGUCUACCUGAAAGCGUCAGAACGCCAGCCAGACACGGAAACCAUGGCCAACAACACUGCGGACCACCCACCUGGGAACUCGGUGGCUGAAGGCAAUCACGAUGGGGACUUCGGCUGCACGGUGAUGGAGCUCCGAGAACUGAUGGAGCUCAGGAGCUCCGAGGCAGUCAACAAGAUCAGAGACGUCUACAGAGACGUGCAGGGGCUCUGCUGCAGGCUGAAAACAUCUACUAUUGAAGGGCUCUCUGGAAACCCGGCGGACUUGGAAAAGCGCCACACAGCCUUCGGAAGGAACUUCAUCCCUCCUAAAAAGCCCAAGACCUUCUUGCAGCUAGUGUGGGAGGCGCUGCAGGACGUCACACUCAUCAUCUUGGAGAUAGCUGCCAUCAUUUCUUUGGGCCUGUCCUUCUACCACCCACAAGGAGAUGACAGUACUGCUUGUGGCCAGGCCGCCGGUGGCGUGGAGGAUGAAGGUGAGGCACAGGCAGGUUGGAUCGAGGGCGCUGCCAUCUUGUUCUCUGUGAUCAUCGUGGUGCUGGUGACUGCGUUUAACGACUGGAGCAAAGAGAAGCAGUUUCGCGGGCUGCAGAGUCGCAUCGAGCAAGAGCAAAAGUUCACGGUCAUCCGCAACAGUCAAGUGAUCCAGAUCCCUGUGGCUGAGAUCGUGGUGGGAGAUAUCGCACAGAUAAAAUACGGUGACCUCCUUCCUGCUGAUGGGAUUCUGAUCCAAGGAAAUGACCUGAAGAUCGAUGAGAGCUCCCUGACCGGAGAGUCAGAUCAAGUAAAGAAGUCUCUUGAGAAAGACCCAAUGCUAUUGUCUGGAACUCAUGUAAUGGAGGGAUCCGGGAGGAUGGUGGUCACUGCCAUUGGCAUGAACUCCCAGACAGGAAUAAUUCUCACUCUUCUUGGAGCCGGCAGUGAGGAGGAGGAGAAGAAGGCCAAGAAAGGUAAAAAACAAGGAGCCCCUGAAAAUCGCAACAAAGCCAAGACCCAGGACGGCAUCGCCCUGGAGAUCCAACCUCUGAAGAGUGAGGAGGGAGCCGAGUGCGAGGAGAAAGAAGUGAAGAAGGUUAACGUCACCAAGAAGGAAAAGUCGGUCCUGCAGGGCAAGCUGACCAGAUUGGCUGUGCAGAUCGGAAAAGCAGGUCUCAUCAUGUCUGCCGUGACGGUCAUCAUCCUCAUCUUAUACUUUGUGAUCGACACGUUCGGAGUGCAAGGGCGCGAGUGGAAGGCCGAAUGCACACCCAUCUAUAUUCAAUACUUUGUCAAGUUCUUCAUCAUUGGUGUGACUGUGCUGGUGGUCGCUGUUCCAGAAGGGCUUCCUCUCGCCGUUACCAUUUCACUCGCCUACUCCGUCAAGAAAAUGAUGAAAGACAACAACCUGGUGAGGCACCUGGAUGCCUGCGAGACCAUGGGCAAUGCCACAGCCAUCUGUUCUGACAAGACCGGUACGCUCACCAUGAACCGCAUGACGGUGGUUCAGGCCUACAUAGGUGACCAGCACUACAAGAAGGUUCCGAAGCCUGACGCAAUCAAACCUGAGAUUCUGGAACUCUUGGUUAACAGCAUCUCCAUCAACUCGGCAUACACCACCAAGAUCCUGCCACCCGAGCAAGAAGGUGGUCUACCAAGGCAUGUGGGUAAUAAGACUGAAUGCGCACUUCUGGGACUGGUUCUGGAGCUGAAGAGAGACUACCAGCCAAUCCGCGAUGAGAUUCCCGAGGAGAAACUCUACAAGGUCUACACGUUCAACUCAUCGCGCAAGAGCAUGAGCACCGUGCUGAAAAAUGCAGACGGCUCAGGAUUCCGCAUGUACAGCAAAGGCGCCUCCGAGAUCAUCCUCCGCAAGUGUUCCUACAUCCAGGACGCUGCAGGUCAGCCUCGGGUCUUCAAGCCCAAGGACCGGGAUGAGAUGGUGCGGAAAGUGAUCGAGCCCAUGGCGUGUGAUGGCUUGAGAACCAUCUGCAUAGCUACAAGGGAAUUCACAGGCGAGGAGCCAAACUGGGACAACGAGGCCGAGAUCCUUACAGACCUCACCUGCAUCUGUGUGGUGGGCAUCGAAGACCCUGUCCGUCCAGAGGUUCCAGAGGCUAUUUCUAAAUGCCAGAAAGCAGGCAUUACUGUGCGCAUGGUAACUGGUGACAACAUCAACACUGCCCGUGCCAUCGCUACCAAAUGUGGCAUCUUGCAGCCUGGAGAAGACUUUCUGUGCUUGGAAGGCAAAGAGUUUAACCAACAGAUCCGCAAUGACAAAGGAGAGGUGGAGCAAGAUCGUCUUGACAAGGUCUGGCCCAAACUGCGUGUACUGGCCCGUUCUUCUCCAACAGACAAGCACACUCUGGUCAAAGGCAUCAUUGACAGCACUGUAGGAGUAACCAGACAGGUGGUGGCAGUGACUGGUGACGGAACCAAUGAUGGACCUGCUCUCAAAAAGGCUGAUGUCGGAUUUGCAAUGGGAAUCGCCGGGACCGACGUGGCAAAGGAAGCCUCAGAUAUCAUCCUGACUGACGACAACUUCACCAGCAUCGUGAAGGCUGUGAUGUGGGGCCGUAACGUCUACGACAGCAUCUCCAAGUUCCUGCAGUUUCAGCUCACUGUAAACGUUGUGGCUGUGAUCGUGGCCUUCACUGGCGCUUGCAUUACACAGGAUUCUCCACUAAAAGCAGUGCAAAUGCUCUGGGUCAAUCUGAUUAUGGACACACUGGCCUCUCUGGCUCUUGCCACCGAACCGCCCACCGAAGCCCUGCUGCUGCGCAAACCGUACGGCCGAAACAAGCCUCUUAUCUCCAGAACUAUGAUGAAGAACAUCCUGGGCCAUGCCGUCUACCAGCUGUCUGUUACCUUCACCCUACUGUUUGCUGGAGAGAAGAUCUUCUGCAUGGACAGCGGCCGCAACUCCCCCCUCCACUCGCCCCCCUCCGAACACUACACCAUCAUCUUCAAUGUCUUCGUCAUGAUGCAGCUCUUCAACGAGAUCAACGCGCGCAAAAUCCACGGCGAGAGGAACGUCUUCGAAGGCAUCCACAGGAACCCCAUCUUCUGCAGCGUCGUGCUGGGAACCUUUAUUCUUCAGAUCAUCAUUGUGCAGCUGGGAGGAAAGCCUUUCUCCUGCACGGCUCUCACUCUGGAUCAGUGGCUCUGGUGUAUUUUCAUUGGUGUCGGCGAACUGCUUUGGGGACAGUUGAUCUCUGCCAUCCCUACACACCGACUCAAGUUCCUGAUGACGGCUGGUCACGGUAGCACCAAGGAGGAAAUGCAGAAGGAGGAGCAGAUCCAGGACGUGGAUGAGAUCGAUCAUGCCGAGAUGGAGCUGCGUCGCGGUCAGAUCCUCUGGUUCCGAGGCCUGAACCGCAUCCAGACUCAGAUGGACGUGGUUUAUACAUUCCAGUCAGGCCAAACGGCGGUGCCCGGUGCGCUGCGGCGCCAGCCUUCGGUGGUCAGCCAGCACAACGACAUUAAGGUGGUGAACGCUUUCCGCAGCUCACUGUACACGGGCCUCGAGUCCAACAGCUCCAUCCACAACUUCAUGGUCCAUCCUGAGUUCAUGUCGCGGGCCGAGGAGGAGGAGGAGGAGGAGGAGGAGGAGGAGGACGUGCCGACGAUAGAGGAGAGCAGUGCCGAGAUCGAGCCGCUGCCUUCCUCCUCCUCCGUGUCCUCCUCCUCCGCCUCCCCUAGGAAAAGUGGAGGUGGAGGCGGAGAACCCCCGGACAGUUCCGUCCACGGCCGCGAGUUCUCCGUCUGACCAUCUUCUCCUCAGUCCUGAUUGUGUCCCCCUUCAAGCUUCUCCCUGAAAGAAAAAAAAAAAGAAACACCUCGCCCUUCAUGCAGAAUCCCCGCAUGGAGCCUCCUCCCCCUUCAGCUCCUCCUCGACUGGCAGCGUGGCGUCGGCACUCUGACAGCUUGUGCGGCAGAGUCUAACUUGCCCACAUGAGGGCAGAUCGGAGGCUGCAGCCUGUCCUUCACUGACAUUGUAUCCUUGUUCUCUCUUUCUUGCUAUUUUUUUUUUUUUUUUGGUGGUCAGAUUUAUACGUCAUGUUUUUGUUUUUUAGGUCUUUUUUUUUUUUUCACAAAUUUUACUGUGUCAGAUUUACAACAGAUGUGUUCAUACAUGAUUUUAUUCUUUUUACAUUUUAUGAUGUUUCUAAACACAAGCGACACUCAUCUGAAAAGUAGUCAAUAGUUUCAAACAUUGUUCUUUUUUUUCCUUGUUUAAUAUUUUUUUUUAAACCCCAAAACUGCUGUCUUCAAAAUCAAUGUUUUAAGGAGUCCACACACUACAUUUUUUUUUCCUUCCCCAAAUACAUUGACUUUUAUUUGAA